AUGGCUGCCGCCGCGAAGCUUGCCGUGGUGCGGACCACGACGACGCACCACCGAGCCUGCUUCCCCCUCGCCGUCUCGUCCGCCACACCGGUGACCGUCAGCCUCACCAGCGUGACGCACAAGCACGAGGCCGCCACCUCGGCGGCGGCGACGGCGACGGCAGUGAUGAAGACGGAGGGCGCAGUGGCGCCGCCCACUCUAGGCGGCCGCGCCGAGGCGACAUCGUCAUUUCCGCUGCUGGCGAGCAUGUGGCCAGAGGUCCAUGGCGCCGACGACUGGCGAGGCCUGGUGGCGCCGCUCCACCCGCUGCUCCGCGGCGAGAUCGUCCGGUACGGGGAGCUCGUCGCCGCGUGCUACCGGGCGUUCGACCUGGACCCGCGCUCCAAGCGCUACCUCAACUGCAAGCACCGCAAGCGGCAGAUGCUGCAGGCGGUCGGCAUGGACGGCGCCGGGUACGCCGUCACCAAGUAUAUCUACGCGGCGGCGCCCGACGCAGUGGCGGCGCUGCCGCCAGUGGGCGCCGGCGCCGGGCGCCGGCCGUCGUGCUGCAAGAGCCGGUGGAUCGGCUACGUCGCCGUCGCAUCGGACGGGGAAGCGGCGCGCCUCGGCCGGCGAGACAUCCUCGUCUCCUUCCGCGGGACGGUGACCUGGUCGGAGUGGCUAGCCAACUUCAUGAGCGCGCUCGCGCCGGCGCGCUUUGACCCCGCUGAACCCCGCCCGGACGUCAGGGUCGAGUCGGGGUUCCUCUCCCUCUACACCUCCGAGGACGUCUCCGGCAAGUUCACCACCGGCAGCUGCCGCAACCAGCUCCUCUCCGAGAUCUCCCGCCUCGUCGCCGAGCACAGGGACGAGGACGUGAGCAUCACCCUCGCCGGCCACAGCAUGGGGAGCUCCCUCGCCAUCCUCCUCGCCUACGACCUCGCCGAGCUCGGCCUCAACUCUUACCCCAAUGACAGCGGCACGAUCCCCGUCACCGUCUUCUCCUUCGCCGGCCCGCGCGUCGGCAACCUGGAGUUCAAGAACCGGUGCGACGAGCUCGGCGUCAAGGUGCUCCGGGUCGUGAACGUGAACGACCCGGUGACCAAGAUGCCCGGCGUGCUCUUCAACGAGAGUGCUAGCGUUCUAGCGGGGAGGUACGAGCUGCCAUGGAGCAAGGCCUGCUACGCGCACGUCGGCGUAGAGGUCGCACUUGACUUCUUCGAGGCCGGUGACAUCGUUUGCGUGCACGACCUGCAGGCCUACAUCGAUCAGCUUCUCAAGUGCACCAACGACGACAUCGCUGUUGCUUCCAGCUCGAUGGUGGGAGAAGAAGAAGAAGUUAUGUGCCGUAGGGUUGCAUCCAUGUUCGAAUCGUGGAGAUGGCAAAUGGCGGUGAUACGCGCUGGUGAGCUGAUGCGAGUGCUUGGGAUCUGAGUAUCUGAUGUGGCAGUCCGAUGUUCUUCUAUCAUGAUCAGCGUCAGGCCUUUUGGCCGCUGAUGCUUUAAUUUCAUGGAUAGCGAUAUGACGUGAUGAACUUGAUUUACACUCCUGCUCAUCAUCUCUGUUCCUAGUAGUGGCUUAUGAA